GCCUUAACACAGAACUUCACAUCAUGAUGAGUUGCAGACGUCCAAGUCGCUUUGAAAUUCGGGAUUCGAACCGUCGACCAAGGAAUGAGACUCCCGAGAUGGUGGAGACUACAAAUACGAAACGAAUCAAACAGAAGCGGAGAACCCGUGCACGACGUCCAAUUGACAAUUCAAUCAUCGAAGAAGAAAUAUCGCGGAACUCUGUCGCUAACUAUGAGAUAGGUAUGAACUGUGCUAUAUGCUUAAAUAUCGAACUUGACUGGCCACAUCUCUUGCCGUGUGGGCAUUUUUUUCAUAACGCGUGUGUAUCCAAAUGGCUAAAAUACAGUGAUACUUGCCCUGUAUGUUUUCGAAAAUUUGAAAACCAUAGCAAUCAAGUACCUAACUCAUAUUCUGAUGAUGAUGAUAUACAUAGCACUCCUACGCCUAACAUAAUGGUUACAAGUACGCAUAUGCCUUCCACCCAAGUUGAUGAUACUUCAGAUUCGGAUUAUUAUGGGCCAGCAGAUAAAAUUCAUAGUGUACUCAAAGGACGAGUUAAAAAGCCAAUUCAUCGUAGAAGAAGAGUUCGCUCCCAGCGAUCGAUUGACCUGCAUGUUCUUGAAAAAGAAAUAUUGGAUAGUGUUGUUCUGAAUUACGAAUUCAACAUUGAUUGUUCCAUAUGCUUGAAUACCUUGAAAGAGUUGGAUGAGAAGCAAUUGCCUUGUGGUCACUGUUUCCACGAUAAGUGUAUUCACAAUUGGUUCUACUACAACGUAUCUUGUCCAGUGUGUGGGUUUACUCCAGUAUCUGACAUGCAGUCUUCUGAUAAAGCCGAAUCCAGUGAUCCUGAUGUCUUAAUUGAUGGGGAAUUCAUAUUAAUUGACUGCACUAAUUCUAUUGCCAUUUUUGAGGGAGAUGUAAUUUACGACAAUACAGAGUUUGAGUGCUUCAGUGGAAGUUGUUAAAUAUUAAUUUCACUCAUGAUGAUCACCUGCACUGGAUGAGAUCUCCUUUGAUUUUAGUGCGAUCAAUUGUACUUUUUAAAAAAAAUUUGGUAUAAUUUUUUUAUAAAUUUUACAAUUAAUUUCUUACUUGUCAAUCACUAUGUAAAUUUUUAGUUUUGUUGAGCAUCACGUUUUAUAGGAUUGUAAAUGGAGUCAUAUCUUUGUUAAAAUAAAAUAAAUUUUGCAUGAAAUUUUA